GAGUAAAGAUAUCAUGAUAGUGCACCAUGUGAUUUAUAGUUUUCGUAAUGUUACGAACCUCCACAAUAUACUUAAUGUGAGAGUAUUGUAUUACAUAAUCAAUACUGGCUCAAAAAGUAGUUUUUUGUUAGUCUUUUUAUUGUGUGUUUUGAAUGAGGCACCAGAGGCACAGCAGGGCUACCAUUGAUGAAAAGGUCCUUCUUUUGAGGCUGGGUGAGAACUAGUCACUUUGUGACUUGAUUUGCGGACUGUUGUACCAGUAACUCGGUUAUGGUGCCCGUGGGCAUUGUGCGUGCUGGUGGCGUGCCGAGGCUGUGCGGGCGGGCUCUGAGGCUCGCCUCUCGUCCAGUCUCCACGGCGGCCGACCAGGACGACCAGCCGGCGGUGACGGCCGGCCUGCCAGCGCCGCCCGUCAACACCAACGUGUCCGGCCUGCGAGACUGGCACUACCGCAAGUACCACGGCAAGCAGCCGGUGGUAGACGAGGAGACCGCGCACAUGAGAAGUCUGCGUGCCCAGCGGAGGAUCUGGGCCCUGUACGGCACCAAGACUGGGAUCAGUCCGGCCGUCGGGUGGCCUGUGAAGAAAGAGUGGGAGGAUAAGAUGGAGUAUGAGUCCCUUGCCUAUCCAGACACUUUGCAGGAAAUGGUCCAAAAGCAUGAAGCAGAGAAACGGGCUAAGGAGGAGGCGAUUAAGGAGAGGAUGGAUGCCGUCGAUGCAAAAAUGGAGAACUUGGAGAAGUGGAAAAGAGAAAUUUUGGAGAAAAAGCGGAAGAAGGAAAGGGAGUUGCAAGCAGCGAAGGAGAAGCACGAUAGGCUGAUUGAAGAAGUCAAGGAAUAUCUCGGAUUCAAAGUGGACUCAAAAGACCCGCGAUUCAAAGAGAUAUUAGAGAAGAAAGAACUGGAGGAAAAGAAGCGUGCUAAAGAAGCUAAGAAGAAGGAGAAACAAGCCAAGGCUCUUGCUAAGCUGCGACAAAUGACUAAUGAGAUGAUGGAGAAGGAAAUGCCUGCUGAAAAAGAAUAAGAAAAUCGGUAUGCCGUAUGAGUGUAUCCACUACCGUUUCGUUACUACAUAUGCAUUGUGGUGUAAAUAAAUGAUGGUGAAGUAGGUAAA